GUUUGAAGGAUGCCCAGAGGUCGCUCCCGAACAACUUCCUCCCUGCCUGACUGUCGUCGCCGCUUCUUUUCCGCUAAAGUAGCCAUCAAACGCAACAUGGGUUUCCAGAAUAUUUGGUACUCUCACCCCCGUAAAUAUGGCCAGGGAUCGAGAUCCUGUCGGGCGUGCGCCAACAAGCAUGGGCUUAUUCGUAAAUAUGGCCUAAAUAUUUGCCGACAAUGUUUCAGAGAAUACGCUGCAGACAUUGGCUUCAAGAAGCUGGACUAAACUUAGAACACCAUAGCUGCGCUGAUUCGUAUAAUUAACAGGCAUGCAGUUUAAAAAUAAGAAUGAAGCCAUUGUUUUCAAUUAAAGUACAUGCUCUGUUCGUGAUGGGAAAUCAGUAAAACUGGCUCAAAAACAAAAAA